UUAAAUACGUGUGACGACACCUGCCCUAUUUACUCAGCCGAGGUACAGUGCGUUUCAAAUGGUCUAUGCAUCAUAUUUCGUUACCACAGUAAACGCGUUUGACUAAUUCUUCAGCUUAGCGAAUAUUUUAACGGAAACACAGAAUUUUAAAACUACCGUGCGACGUUAAGUUUAAAAGUCACGAACGGUGCUUCAAGUUAAGCCGGAUGAAUGGAAAAGUUAACAUUCGUAAGACUCGACUGUCGUCGUCAAUAUCUUCUGAGUUUGAUUCCAUAUUUAAGGUAAUGGUGGUUGGUGACUCAGGGGUGGGAAAAACAUGUUUACUGGUCAGGUACAAAGAUGGGACAUUUCUUGGUGGAAAUUUUAUUUCUACCGUGGGAAUUGAUUUUAAAAAUAAAACUCUGGUGAUUGAGGGGAAGAAAAUUAAACUGCAGAUAUGGGAUACAGCAGGUCAGGAACGGUUCAGAAGCAUGACACAUAGCUUUUUCCGUGACUGCUCUGCUAUUUUACUUGUCUAUGAUAUUUGCAACCUGCAGUCUUUUACCAAUGUUACUAAUUGGAUUUCUGACGUAAAGCAGUAUGCUUCGCCAGAUGUUACCUUGGUGUUAAUUGGUAAUAAAUGUGACUGCACCACCAGUGAACGAAAGGUAAAAUUACAAGAAGGUGCAAGAUUAGCCAAGAGUUAUGAUAUUGUGUUUUUGGAAACAAGUGCCAAGACUGGUGUGAAUGUGGAUUUGGCAUUUGAUGCAGUUGCACGGGAACUGCACAAGAAAUCUCUUACCCCAGCAGAUUAUAUUGGCCGUGACAUGUCAGCAAGCCAGUCAUUUAAUCUGAAGCAGUACGUUCAGUCUGAAAAAGAGAGAACGACUUGCUGUUAAGGCAAAUGUCUGACUUUUGUAGAUCUUCAAUUUAUUUCAACUCUUUUAACCUGUGAAAAGUUCCUAAUGAUUAGAUUACCAAAGCUGCAAUUUGUGCUUCUAUUAGUGCAAUGGUUUAUUUUGGUGUUUUAUUGGAUUUGGUUGUCAUUUCUUUGUGUUAACUGUAGUUCUCCAUGCUUUUAUUAGUGUUACUGUUCUCUUCUUAUCAUGAUGUUAUCAUUUUUGGCUUUGUUUUCAAAGGCGAAUCCAUAUCCUUCAGUAUUUACAGUAUAUAUAUUUUAUAGCCAUAAUCCUGUCCACAGUUGCGAAUUUGCACAUAAAACUUUUAUUCUAUAAUUGUAAUUUACAAGCGUUGUUUUUUAGUCUUCCGUUACUUUUACAAAGUAUUGCUGGUUCUUUGAAGCAUGACUAAUUCAUUCCAAAUACUGUAGUUUUAUCAGCAGUACCAAAUCCUAGUGUUUUCUGUAGUUCUUGUGCAGUAGUCUGGUGCUUUCCGUCGUUUUCUUUUACAUUGACAAUAAAUGCAACGUUUCAAA